AAAGUUAGACCCCAAGCACAAGACACAGGGUUCUACCGCCAUUCUGGUUUUAUACUGAGCUCCGCCUCUCUUUCUCUCAUCUCGCCGGUGGACUCCUCACCAGCAGCGGUGACUUCUCUCUCGUUCUUAGGUUUUGUGGUAAUUUCAAUUCAACUAGCUUUGUGCUUCAACAAUGGCUGAUGAAUCGGGAAAAGAAGCUGAGAAGCCUCAGAUUCAGCCCAUAGGUUUGCCCACUGUCGAGGAAAUUCGUGGCCAAGACAUUUGGAAUAAUUGCGCUGUGCGCAGUGUCGUUAGUGGUGUCAUGGGAGGUGGUCUCGGCAUCUUCAUGGGAUUGUUUCUUGGAGCAUUGGACAACCCACUAAUGCAGGAGGAAAUGACUGGCAAACAACAGCUUAUAUUUCAAGCAAAGCAGAUGGGGCGAAGGAGUUUGAGUUCAGCCAAAGCAUUUGCUGUUAUGGGUUUUGUAUUCUCAGCUGCUGAGUGUGUUGUUGAGAAGGCCCGAGCUAAACAUGACAUCGCAAAUACUUUUGUUGCUGGAUGUGCUACUGGAGGUGCUAUAUCAGCUAAAGGUGGUCCAAAAGCUGCAUGUAUGGGUUGCGCUGGCUUUGCAGCAUUCUCUGUCGUAAUAGAGAAGUUUUUGGAGAGGCAUCAAUAAGUGAACUGACUUGGACCAGUUUUGUAUUCUUCAAUCAUAGUUUGACUUCUUGAUAAAAAUACUUUACUCAUAAUGAUAAAGGGGCAUGAUAGGGAGAAACAUGAAUUGCAUUAUUAAUCACAUCUGUAAUUUAUUUGUAUACAAUGUCAUUGAUGGAUGCAUUCUCCGAACUUGGGAAAGCUCUUUGUAAUGACAUGAUUUAGUAUUGGAAAAUGCUUAGCAUUACGAAAACGCGAGGAGCAAUAAUUGCGAUAGACUCUAGUGUUUAGCACCGGUGCUUAGUAGUAUUAGUUAGUUUAAAUAGUUUUUUCUUUGUAAUUCAUUCUUAUUUUUGAAAGUUUUUAUGACGC